UUUAAAUAUGCUGCACGCAGACAAGGACGUUCGUAAAUGUGGUUUAAUAGGAAGAGGAUAAAAAGAUAAGAAUUAUGUGGCCGGAAAUGAAAAGGAUUCUUUCGUCUUUUGACUGGACAGAGAUAGCAAAUUUCGAUGGGACUUUAAGAGUAAUCUUAGCAGUUUUGCUAAUCCUGUUAUCUGUACUCAUUAAAAAGUAUAUUCUAAUUCCACCGACAGUAAAGAUCACUAAGUCUUGUAAAUCUAAAGUCAAGUGUGGUGAGCAAAUUUCUCUUGUUGGAAACAUUAAGAGCACGUUUUCUCCAAUACUUUCGAAAGCCUGGAAAACGCCAAGUAAAAGACAUAGCCCAGAGAUUCUAAAUACUGCAAAACUGAUGAUAAUGCAAUCAACUUUUGAGGAUUCUGGAAAUUACGAACUGAGGGUUUCUAUUUUUUUUGGAAGCACAUUUCAAAAUGAAUACCUACUUGUUGGUGAUAAACCAUUUAUAAGGUGUGAAAAGAAUGAAUUGAGAGUUCUAUACGGAGGAUCUGCCAAAUUAAAAGUAUCGAUAGAUUCCAGGCCACCUACAUUAAGCAGACGUUGGUACAUUGAAAGGGAUAGAAAUAGGAUACAAGUUGAAUUUCCUUCAGAAUUUCGUACUUUUAACUGGCAAAGAAAGAAAAAAUACACAAACAUGGUGAACAAAAACGAUGAUACCCUGUUGAUUGCAGAUUGCUGUGUGCUUGAUGAAGGGAUUUAUUAUUUUGAAGCUUCAAACGAUUUUGGUGUUUCAAAAAGCGCAAACGUUAAGCUUUGUGUAGAAAAGGCUCCACCACACGUUACAAUUGAAGAUAAAUCAUGGUCAAGGAAAGGUUUGCAUUUUGUCGGAACAGUCAUUUCUAAUUCGGCAAUCAAAUCAGUGUCAUGGCAAAAAAAGACGUAUGGUACCUUUGAGGAAAUAGAUAUCUCCAACGAAAGGUACCAAGGUUCCAACACUCAUUCAUCUAAUCCAACAUUAAUUGUUACAAACUUGACUGUAGAGGAUGAUGCAAUCUACCGCUUAUAUGUGAAGAAUGAAACAGGAGAAGCCACAAGUGAUGAAUAUCGUUUCGAGGUAAAAAACGCCAAUCCAAUCCUGACAAUAUCCGAGGAAGACGAUAAUAAUGAUAUGUACACAAAAUUUCAACUUCAUAUAAGGUCAAAUAAACCUAUCAAAACUAUUAAAUGGUUGAAAAUUUCGGAUGGAAAUGAUCAAAAAGUGAUUCAGCAGUGGCGAAAUACGAAAACAGGUUCCAUAGCAUCCCGUUUCCCUUGCAAAACAAUUCAAGGAGAAGGGUGUUCUCUGGUUUUAAAGGAUUUGUCGAAGGACAAGGCACGAUAUCAAGUCCAUGUUUGUACCAUUGAUUAUACAGAAACAAAAAGCAAUUUAUUUGAAAUUGCUCGUCCUCUCCUGACUAUCUGUGGAGAAGAAAAUGUCCAAUAUGGUGAAAACACAAAACUUCAACUCCAUAUAAGAUCAAAUAAACCCAUUAAGGCUAUUACUUGGUUCAAGAUUAUUGAUGGAACCCAGCCAGAAGUUAUUCGUCGAUGGAAGGAACAUACAUCACGCAAUACAGUUAAGGAUGUAUGUUCUAAAUAA